AUGCGGAUGGUGAAGAAAGCGUGCCCGCUGGCACCGCAGCGCCUCUCGAACUUCUCUCUGAAGAAGGAGGUGGUGGACAUCCUCCAGACUCAGACGAAGGAGGCCGGCGUGUGCUCGGGCAGCGUGUGUGGCGGGUCGCUCAUGAAUAUCCGGAGGAUGAGCCUGGCGCCGCGGGCGCCGGCCCUCAUCCUUGCCCACGCCAAGGGCUUCCUCGACCAGUACUACCGGGAUAUCCAAGGGUACGACAGCGCGGAACACAAAGCCCGCUGGCAGGAGGUCUCGCGCAGUGUCGCCAGACGCGGCACGUAUGACCUGACUUUCGACGAGCUGGUCUUCGGCGCCAAGCUGGCCUGGAGGAACGCCCCCCGAUGCAUCGGCCGCAUGCAGUGGAAGAGGCUGCAGGUGUUCGAUGCUCGCCACAUCACGACAGCGAAGGAAAUGUUUGAAGCGAUCUGCACGCACCUCGAAUACGCGACCGACGGGGGCAAUCUCAGGUCGACGCUGACGGUGUUUCCUCAGCGCCUGUCAGGCCGCCGCGACUUCCGCGUGUGGAAUCCGCAGCUGAUCGCCUACGCCGGCUACCGCGCCGACGACGGGAGCGUGACGGGCGAUCCCGCGUGGGCCGACUUCACGCAGGUGUGCCAGGAGCUGGGCUGGCAGGGCGGAGGCGGGCGGUUCGACGUGCUCCCGCUGGUCGUGUCGACGCCCACCGAGGAGCCCCAGGUGUUCGACAUCCCCGACGACCUCGUCCUGCGGGUCGCCCUGGAACACCCCAAGUACGAUUGGUUCCGAGAGCUGGGGCUGGAGUGGUUCGCACUGCCGGCCGUGUCGGGCAUGAUGCUGGACUGCGGCGGCAUCGAGUUCACCGCCGCGCCCUUCAACGGCUGGUACCUGUCGUCCGAGAUCGCCAGCAGGGACCUCUGCGACGCCCAGCGCUACAACAUCAUCAAGGAGGUGGGAGACAAACUCGGGCUGGACAUGCGCACUCCCGUCACGCUGUGGAAGGACCAGGCUGCGCUUGAGGUCAACAUUGCUGUGUUGCAUUCGUACCAGCAAGCGAAGGUGACGCUGGUCGACCACCACACCGUGUCCGAGUCCUUCAUGCAGUUCUUCGCCAACGAGCACCGGGAGCGAGGCGGGUGCCCUGCCGACUGGGUAUGGAUCGUGCCGCCCAUCUCGGGCUCCCUCACGCCCGUCUUCCACCAGGAGAUGUCCUUGUACUACCUAAAGCCCGCCUACGAGUACCAGGAGCUGGCCUGGGUAGCCUUCGCCAAGCAAAACCGGAUGCUGAGCGGCGAAGACGGAGGCCUCGGCGGGGGCAGACAGCGGCUGUCCUUCAGGAUGGUCGCCUUGGUAGCGUGGUUCAGCAGCGUCCUGUACACGCGGGCGCUGAGCAGGAGAGUCCGCGCGACCAUCCUCUACGCUACGGAAACAGGGAAGUCACAGACGUUUGCGCACGAUCUCGCAGAUGUGUUCAAGAGUAACUUCAGCGUUCAGGUCCGCAACAUGAAGGAGUAUGAGGCGAGCGCCCUUAAGGACGAGCGCUUCGUGCUGCUGGUGGUCCCGACGACGGGGAACGGCGACCCUCCACUCCAGGCUCAGGAUGACCCUGCCCAUCAGGUUGGAUCUGUUCGUGACAACCCUGGGUGGAGGAGGCCUACGUACGUGCAAGACCUCUUAUUAGUGGACGGGCGUGAAGUGUACAGACAGUUGGUGGUGGAAGGCGGAUAUAUAUACAUGUGCGGCAAUGACUUGGUGUCCGAGGGAGUCCACAAGGCGCUUAGGGCAAUCCUUCAGGAUCACGGCAACCUGACGGAGGGCGAGGCAGAAGACCUCAUAGCCAGACUCAAGAGGGGAGAUACAGAGCCAUCUAGUAAGUGUGAUUGGAAGUGGAGAGGAGACACAAAGCCAUCUAAUGACUAUAUUUGGAGAGACAGAGCCAUCAACUUCGCCGUGUUCGCCCUGGGCUCUAGCAACUACAAGUACUUCUGCGCAUUCGGGAGGUACAUGGACCACCUGCUGGGGUUGGUGGGCGGGAUACGGAUUCUGAAGGUGUCGUGUGGCGACGACCUCGACGACCAGAGGAAGGCCUUCAACAGGUGGUCAUCCGGCGUGCUCAAGGCAGCGAGUGAGGUGUUCCAUAUGGACGGUGACCUGGUGCAGGUGGAGGAAGAGGUCACCAGGCCAGACCAGGUCAAGUUUUCUCCGGUAGUGCAAGCUGACUUCCUUGUAGAAGGAUUAAUACGAGCUCACAAGAGAGAAGUGUAUCAGUGUGUUGUGGUGGAGAUGAAGACGCUUUACCAAAGGCCACUGAGGUGGGUAGGGCACAUGGUCCUGAAACCGCCACAGGGGCACGCGCAGUACGACUCCGGGGACCACAUCGGGGUGCUGGCGUCCAACCCGCGCGAGAUGGUCGCGUCCGUCCUGCGGCGCUUGCGCAACAACCCCGCCGCCGACGCGCCCGUGCGCCUCCUGCUCCGCCGGCAGACCGGCACGUGGGUUCCUCACCCGCAGCUGCCGGCGACGACGCUACAGGAGCUCCUGGCGAGGUACGUGGAUCUCUCCGCGCCGCCGUCACAGGGCCUGCUGUUCCUGCUCGCUUCCUGCGCCGCCAACAACCAGCAGGAAGCCCGGCUCUCCGCGCUGGCCACGGACACUCAGGAAUACCAGAAGUGGCGCGCUGCGUACUGCCCGAGCCUGCCUGACGUCCUGUCAGAGUUCCCGAGCAUUUCCGUGGACGCCGCCCUCCUGCUGGCCCGCCUGCCGCCGCUGCGCCCGCGCUUCUACUCCAUCUGCUCUGACCGCAGCGUCCACGGCGACCGCGUCCACCUCACUGUCGGCAGCAUCGAGUUCAGAGCGGAGGGCGGUAAAGGACCUGUCCACCUGGGCCUCGCUUCCGGCUUCCUGAAAGGACUCAAGGCUGGAGACACGCUGGAGGUGUUUCGCAAUAAGGCGCCGAACUUCCAGCUGCCGGAGGAUCCGAGUCUGCCCAUCAUCCUAGUAGCGACCGGCGUCGGCAUCGCCCCCUUCAGGAGCUACUGGCACAACCUCAACCACAGACUGAAGACGACCGGCGAGAAGCGGAAGGUGACGCUGUACUUCGGCUGCAGGAGCCACGAGGAAGACCUGUACUACGAGGAGAAGGCGUCCAUGCUGCGCUCGGGCGCACUCACGCACACGCACCUCGCGCUCUCCAGGGAGCCGCGCCUCCCCAAGACGUACGUAAAAGACCUCUUAUUAGUGGACGGGCGUGAAGUGUACAGACAGUUGGUGGUGGAAGGCGGAUAUAUAUACAUGUGCGGCAAUGACUUGGUGUCCGAGGGAGUCCACAAGGCGCUUAGGGCAAUCCUUCAGGAUCACGGCAACCUGACGGAGGGCGAGGCAGAAGACCUCAUAGCCAGACUCAAGAGUAAGAUGCUCACCAAUGAUGAUAAAAGAUAUUCAGGAUAUUGCUACCAAUGCCAGGGGCCGCCCGUGAACCCAAGGGCAGGAAGGGUGAUCAGCAGCAGGAGUAGAAGCUCGCACGACGACCACCGAGUGCAACAGCGACUGAAGCGAAGCAGCCGAGAAAUUGCAAAGUACUCCACUCGUAAAAAGGAACGCAAUAAAGUAUAA